AUGGUAAGGCGGUACCUGGGACACAUGACAGAUCCCAGAAGCCGCCGGGACCAAUCACAAAGCGCAGCGCUUUCUCGCGCAUGCGCACUGGGCAUCCGGCUGUCCGACGAGAAGCCGGGAAGACUACAGAAGCCGGGAACACAGGGGAUGGCCAGAGACUGCGGACAGCACAGAGAUGACUGCUGACCUUUGGGGAGGGAGGGGGAGCGGGUACCUGAAUUUGACAGGUACCCGCUCUUACUUCCGCAGAGUUUUUUUUUUAUCUUACCUGUUCCUUUAUCCAGCCGCGCGCUGUCUUCCCGGCUUCUGUAGUGUGGGCGCUCGUCGGACAGCCGGAUGCCCAGUGCGCA